UGGCACCGUUCUAAGUAAAUUGUUGAGAUGAGUUUGCGGGUGAAAAUCUCAUGAGAUUGGCAGUUACAGAAAUACUCAAAGCAGCCUGCCUGACACCAAUUAACAUGUCUCGCUCCAAAUCACUGAGAUCAUAUUUGUUCUCCAUUCUUGUGUUUGAUGUGUACAUGAACUGAAGCUCCUGACCCGUAUCUGCAGGACUGUAGGCGUUGAGCUGCUGCCACAGGAUUGGCUGAUUAGAUAAUUGUAUGGCGAAGGAGGCGUUCCUAAUAACUGAAGGAGUGAGAGUAUAGAGAACAUAUACAUUAAUUGUGAGUUAACUAAAAUUAAAGUCUGGUUAUAUAUUUGGAUCCAACAUGAGAAAUCCUGUAAAAUUCACUUAUUUUGAUUCAUUUGGCAAAAAUAUUAGCCUGUGUUAGGCUGUCUAUUUGAGGAAGUGACAUAAGUAAACGAAGUGAGUGGAUUCGUGGAUUUGGUAAAUGGGUGGGUGUUAUCCUCCUUCUAAUUGGCUGCACUGGACGCGCUGACAUGUUUUUUUUUUUUUUGCCGUAGCCCACGUGUUUUUCGGUACAAACAGAUGGUCGGCGUUUUCGCGGGUCCAGUCCAGUAGAUGCCACGACCGAAGCGCAGUGACAAUUGGUAGGUCAGCACGGCGAUGCGAGACGGCACGGAGCUCCAUGCCAAGCCCACGGCAGGUCAUUGCUGCGUGAUUGAGCCCCGGUCCAGUCGCUGAAGUUUUUUUUUUUUUUGCUUGCACGGACAUUUCAUUUUCAAGGUUAUUUUAUUUUUUUGAGUUCUUUCCGUUAACUGGAAUCUGCCGUGUCUUCGUCUCCUGAAAACGGGGUCGCGCUUUAACAGACAGUAAACGAAAAUUUACCGUGGAAGAUCCCCGCAUGUGGAUCAGCGAAAAUAGACAAGCAGUUCUCAUGCAUCUCCUCCAGCCCAGUUCUCCCAGUCAGGCGCUCCUUCACCCCUCGGGGCUGUUGAACCGCAACCCAAAAAAGGACGCGAUGUGUUCACCUUGACCGAAGUCCGCGCGGAUGCCACAAACAUGGAGAAGCAGGCGCUCAUCACCGCCGUCAGUCUGUCCAUGAGUGUCUGCUCUCUGAUCCUGCUGGUGACUGCGAUUUUCACGGACCACUGGUACGAGACGGACACCAGGAAGCACAAGGAGCAGUGCGAGCUGCACGGCGCCGACUCGAACGAGCACAAGAGUCGUCUGAUGCCGGUGUAUCACCUGCCGCUCCGGGAGAGCGGGGACCCACCGCGCAGGCUCAGCCUGUUAAGCCCGAUCUCCGUCGGGAGCAGGGAGGACGACCUGCUGGACAACUGGAGAUCCAUUUUGGGAUUAGGAGUUUUGGAAUCCGAGUGCGGGCGUCCGCUGUUCUCGACCUACUCCGGACUGUGGAGAAAAUGCUACUACCUGGGCAUUGACCAGGACAUCGACAACCUCAUCUCCAAGGGUAUCGCCCAGAGGUGCACGUCGGUGAAGUACCACUUCUCACAGCCCCUACGACUGAGGAAUAUUCCAUUUAAUCUCACAAAAACGAUUCAGCAGGAUGAGUGGCAUCUUCUCCAUCUCCGCCGUAUAACUGCUGGAUUCCUGGGAAUGGCGGCAGCGGUCCUGGUGUGCGGCUGUAUCGUGGCAGCGGUGAGCUUCUUCUGGGAGGAGAGCCUCACUCAGCACGUAUCCGGCUUGCUUUUUCUCAUGGCAGGUAUUUUUUGCACCAUUUCCCUCUGCACCUACGCGGCGAGCAUCACGUAUAACCUGAACCGCAGUCCUCCCUUCAUCUAUGGUCUUCCGGGCGACGUGGAGCAUGGCUACAGCUGGUCCAUCUUCUGCGCCUGGUGCAGCCUGGGCCUCACCGUGACCUCUGGGUGUCUUUGUACCACGUAUCCCUUCAUCAGUCGGACCAAGAUCAUCUACGGGAAAACCACAAGAGACUCCUGCGUUUGAAACAAUCUGGCGAAGAACUUUUAACAAACGGGUUGUUGACAUGAACUCCAGAUUCUGCAGGGCAUCAGCUAUUUGGGUGAGUGACCAGCAGGUGGCACAAAGGGCAGCAGGACCAACACCUAAACUUUGGAAAAUUCUUGUCUGACGUAAGUCAGCUUUACGUUUUUUUGUUUAUGGAUUAUUAAGGAUGAAUUUCAACACCCAGGGAGCCCUUUAACUGCCUCAUUUUUGUGACGUCUUUGCUGUUCCAGUAAAAAUAAAAAAACACAAAACAAAAGCGAGACCUUCUGUGUUUGAAUUUUUACCGUUUCAUUUCGGCGUAUCGCACGAACGACUAACAGUGCCUUCAAACGAGGACCGUACCACGGAUUACAGAAGAGGACCCGUCUGAGACUUGCGGCCAGGACCGUCGUAUUGUGAGGCCUCCACAUCGCCAACAUGUCCCCCCGCUAGGUUCACUGUGGAAAGAUCAGAAGGCUACCAUUACCAACGUUGC